AUGGAACUAAAUCUUAACCCAUUCAAUUGUAUAUCGAUCGAGCUUAUCGAUCGAAAAGCAAGCUUUGAGCCAAAUCGAGUAAAUGAUCGAAAUGCGACUCUCAUGGGUGAACAACUUCGAUCGAAACUACUGCAACGAUACUUCGGACCGCAUGGACGACUAGAUCAACUGGCUGACUUCCCAGAUGGUGCUGUGGGACACGCCGACAAAGACUAUGAGUUGCGAAUGGAGGAACGAUCACUAUACGAUAUUCAAUGUCGUUUGAACGAUGCUGGAGCUUCCGAUCUAGUCAUCGACAUUAUCACCGAAGAGCCGAGUCGGGAGAUCUUCCUCAAAGCUAUUCACCUUGCCAAGGCUCUGCUUCUCGAGGGUAACGACAAGGUUUGCCUUCCCUCACUAAUCCUUUGA